CUCGUAUCUCCCCUUGACGUUUGGAUGCACAGAAGCUAAAAGAGAUGCAGUGCUUUAAACUUUUUUAACAUAUAUUUGAUAAUUGUGCUCCUUUCCAUCAUAUCUACGCGGUUUAUAAUAUAUUUUGCAUUUAUUCCGAGUGCUACGCUUGAUAUUAGACGUUUAGUUUUUUACAAAACGCUAUAAAUAAUCAGAUACACUUGUAGCUAGCUAGCCAAAUUGAAGAUUGUAAACACUAUUUUUUAACAAAGAAUAAUUUAAUAUGUUCCGAAAGCAGCUCAAACAUUCAGGCGACUUGUAAACAUGUCAAAUUUAUCGCGUCCUAAGCUGUAGUUCUGUCUUUGUUAUUGGGCUGGACAAAGCCUUGUUAGGUGUCAAUUGAAUGUCAUGGUUUCCUGCAGCCAUGUCUUGUAAAUCUAAAGUUGCCCCCAGUGUUGACUUCGACCACAGCUGCUCUGAUAGUGUCGAGUACUUGACACUCAACUUUGGCCCUUUUGAGACCGUCCAUCGCUGGAGGAGGCUACCACCAUGUGAUGAGUUUGUGGGUGCAAGGCGUAGCAAGCACACUGUUGUGGCAUACAGGGAUGCCAUCUACGUCUUUGGAGGAGACAAUGGGAAGAACAUGCUUAAUGACCUGUUACGGUUUGACGUGAAAGACUGCUCAUGGUGCCGGGCAUUUACUACCGGCACCCCACCAGCACCAAGAUAUCACCAUUCUGCUGUUGUGUAUGGAAGCAGCAUGUUUGUGUUUGGUGGCUACACUGGAGACAUCUAUUCGAACUCUAACUUGAAAAAUAAAAAUGAUCUGUUUGAGUACAAGUUUGCCACCGGACAGUGGACAGAAUGGAAGGUGGAGGGACGUUUGGUUGCCAGAUCUGCACAUGGAGCCACAGUCUAUAAUGACAAGCUUUGGAUUUUUGCCGGAUAUGAUGGAAACGCAAGGCUGAAUGAUAUGUGGACCAUUAGUCUUCAAGAUCGUGAGCAGGCUUACUGGGAAGAGAUUGAACAAAGUGGAGAAAUUCCCCCGUCCUGCUGUAACUUCCCUGUAGCUGUAUGUCGGGAUAAGAUGUUUGUGUUCUCUGGCCAGAGUGGAGCCAAGAUCACCAACAAUCUCUUUCAGUUUGAAUUCAAAGGCCACAUAUGGACUCGUAUCCCAACUGAGCACUUACUGCGUGGUUCCCCUCCGCCUCCUCAGAGACGCUAUGGACACACAAUGGUGGCGUUUGACCGUCACCUGUACGUGUUUGGAGGGGCGGCAGACAACACUCUGCCCAAUGAACUGCACUGCUAUGAUGUAGACUCUCAGACCUGGGAGGUCAUUCAGCCCAGCACAGAUAGCGAGAUGCCAAGUGGGAGGCUGUUCCAUGCAGCCGCUGUUAUUCAUGAUGCCAUGUACAUCUUUGGAGGGACAGUGGAUAAUAAUGUACGCAGUGGAGAAAUGUACAGGUUUCAGUUUUCUUGUUAUCCAAAGUGCACACUUCACGAAGACUACGGGAAACUUUGGGAAAACCGUCAGUUCUGUGAUGUCGAGUUUAUCCUGGGGGAGAGGGAGGAGAAGGUUCUUGGUCAUAUCGCCAUAGUAACAGCUCGCUGUCAGUGGCUUCGCAAAAAGAUUCUACAGGCAAGAGAUCGACAGAAACAGAAGAGUAAACAGGAAGGCAAUGAGGAGAGUGAGGAUUCUGGCUCAGGCAGUCAGAAGGACAGCUCUGAAAGUGGAAGGACUUCAAGAGGACCUCCUUUAUUAGAAGUAUCAAUCCGAGAGGCAGACGCUCAACCAUUUGAGGUUUUGAUGCAGUUCCUGUACACAGACAAGAUACAGUACCCACGCAGAGGUCAUGUCCAAGAUGUGCUGUUGAUCAUGGAUGUAUAUAAACUCGCUCUGAGAUUUAAACUGUCCAGACUGGAGCAGCUCUGUGUUCAGUACAUUGAGGCAUCCGUUGAUCUGCAGAAUGUUCUGAGUGUGUGUGAAAAUGCAAACAAACUUCAGCUAGACCAGCUCAAGGAGCAUUGCUUGAACUUCGUGGUGAAGGAGAGUCACUUUAACCAGGUUAUCAUGACUAAAGAGUUUGAGCGCCUGUCCACUCCGCUGAUCGUGGAGAUCGUGAGACGCAAACAACAGCCGCCUCCCAGAGUCUAUUCUGAUCAGCCAGUGGACAUAGGCACAUCUCUCGUGCAGGACAUGAAGGCCUGUCUGGAAGGAGCGGGACAUGAGUCCUGUGACAUCAUUCUUUUGCUUGAUGGUCAUCCACGCCCUGCCCAUAAGGCCAUACUGGCUGCUCGCUCCAGUUAUUUUGAGGCCAUGUUCCGCUCCUUCAUGCCAGUGGACGGACAGGUGAAUAUUUCAAUAGGUGAGAUGGUUCCCAGUACACAGGCCUUUGAAUCUAUGCUGCGCUACAUUUAUUACGGGGACGUCAACAUGCCUCCAGAGGACUCGCUGUAUCUAUUUGCAGCACCUUAUUACUAUGGUUUCUCCAACAACAGACUGCAGGCCUACUGCAAACAGAACCUGGAGAUGAAUGUUACAGUGGAGAAUGUCUUACAGAUCUUGGAGGCGGCUGAUAAGACUCAAGCUCUGGACAUGAAGAAACACUGCCUGCACAUAAUCGUCCAUCAGUUCACCAAGGUGUCCAAGCUUCCCAAUCUGCGAUCGCUAAGCCAGCCGCUGCUGUUGGACAUCAUUGACUCACUGGCAUCCCACAUAUCAGACAAACAGUGCACUGAGAUGAGCUCUGAUAUAUAGCCUCUCCUCCCCUUCCUUCUCCCAUCCCAUCCCAUCCACUACGAACUUAUUCAUUUAAUCAUCCGAUCCCGCUUCACACCCCAUUCUGUGUGCUGCUUCACAUACCCGUAGAUUUUAUUUAUCAAAAUUGUGAUUAGGAAACAUGCUGGAUAUUUGUACAAUUGCUAAAAAUAAGACUCUCAUCUACUUUCACAUAAUACUGAAAUCAUAUUUUGAAAAUGCACUUAAUUGCUAGUGCACAUUACACUAGUCUAAUUUUAGUCUACUGCCCAUAAAAUGAUAUAAUUAGACAUACAAUUUAGUGUCCCACAUAAUCAGAGCAUUAAAAAGACUACCGCAAUUGGUGUGGAUCUAAUGGAAAUCUGUUCAGGUCACAUUUCACUGCAAAAUAAAAAAAAGUAUGAUUUUUGACAUUGUGACAUUAUUUCCAUGAUAGUCACAUUCCUCCCAAAAAUGUAAUUAAGUAAUGCGUUUUCGUUUGAAUUUCUUUUUUUUUUCUUUUUUUUUUUUUUUUUUUUGUCGUUCCCAUUAUUCUUUAUGGUGUUUAUCAUUAAAUUAUUAGUUCUAUACAUUUACAUUUAUUCAUUUAGCAGUAUCCAAAGCGUCUUACAAAUAUGGAAUACAGCAAAAGCGAGUAAUGAUAAGAGAAUUGCUGCAAUACAAAGUUUCAGUGUUGCUCAAAAAAGGAGAGGAAAGUGAGACAGUGGUGAAAGUAAGAAAUUAAAACUUUUUUUUUUUAUAAAGAGGUAUAGUAAUUAUAUAGUAUUUUAUAUUCUGUAUUAUAUUAAAGAAAAAAUACUGCAAUGCAAUGAUUUAUAAUUAAAAUCAGCACAAAGGCGGUACAACAAAUACAACCAUUAUUUCUAAAUACUUGAAUAUAUAUAUAUAUAUAUAUAUAUAUAUAUAUAUAUAUAUAUAUUAGGUAUUUUAUUUAUUUAUUUAUUUUUUUUUGCAUUACAUUAAUGAGGUGUUUUAUCUUGUAUUCAUGAAAUGUACAUUUUGUAAACAUGCUUAAUUUUCAUGACAAUAAUUUCACAUUCCAAAACAUCUUUUCUUGAUUUUGGGUUGAAAUAUGGCCAAGACAUGUUCCUAGAGUCACCCACUGAGGUUAUGACUUAAGUUUAAAUAACAGAUUCCAUUCUUUUACAUUUAGCAAUUAAUUGAAUUCACAAUAUAAGUUCUGAUUUAUAUGAUAUUCUGCACUUUAUGAAUGUAGUAGUAGUCAGAUUUAUUUAUUCCUAAACCUUGUAUUGACUCUAUGUUGCUGUUAUCUUAAGUUAUGUCAGUGCUUGUGAUUACACCAUUAUGACAGUAACAACAUAAUUGUAAAAGUGGAUCAUCACUACAACAGUCAAUGUUAAGGGUCAUGUAUACUCUACUGUAACCAUGAAAAUGAAGCUGAAUUAUCUGUUGGCCCCUGUGGGCACUAUAUGCCUUAAUAAACUGUGCAACGUAAGCAAA